UUAGUUAUGUGGUGAUGAGGAUUGAAGGUAGACGUGGAGGAGAGAGGAGGGAUACUGUCGGGGUCACUACCAUGACCAUAGAAGAGGAUAUUAUACACCAACCAUGGGAAUAUGCAUUCUUGUUUUGAUUUCCUGAAGACUAAGAGUCGUCGCUCCAAGAUGGCCACAGUAGGAGAACAAGUGCCUAUCUCAAACCACACCAUUGACAAGGUGACAAAAGCCAAGGUUACCUUGGAAAACUACUACUCAAAUCUCAUUUCUCAGGCUGAGGAACGGGAAACAAGGUACCGGCUUUUGGAACAAUCAAUGGAAGAGGAAGGACUUUCAGACGAACAGAAAUCGGAGCGACGACAACAACAUGCCACCAAAGAAACCGAGUUUCUUCGACUCAAGCGAUCUCGCCUUGGUGUGGAUGACUUUGAACCCCUCAAGGUUAUCGGCAGAGGUGCUUUUGGCGAGGUACGCUUGGUUCAGAAGAAGGACACUGGUCAUGUCUAUGCAAUGAAGAUUCUUCGCAAGAUAGAUAUGUUGGAGAAAGACCAGGUGGCACAUGUCCGGGCUGAGAGGGACAUUCUCGUGGAAGCUGAUCACCAGUGGGUGGUGAAGAUGUACUACUCCUUUCAGGAUGGCCUGAAUCUCUAUCUCAUCAUGGAGUUCCUUCCUGGAGGUGACAUGAUGACACUGUUGAUGAAGAGAGACACACUGACAGAGGAGCAGACCCAGUUCUAUGUCGCAGAAUCUGUGCUGGCUAUAGAUUCUAUACACAAGCUCGGCUUUAUACACCGAGAUAUUAAACCAGAUAAUCUUUUAAUGGAUGCUAAGGGACAUAUCAAACUUUCAGACUUUGGAUUGUGUACAGGAUUGAAGAAGUCGCACCGAACAGACUUUUACAAAGAUCUCUCACAAGCCAAAGCAGGGGAUUUUAAUGGGAAUCCUAUGGAUUCAAAAAGAAGAGCAGAAAGCUGGAAGAGAAAUCGAAGGGCAUUGGCCUAUUCCACAGUAGGAACGCCUGACUACAUCGCGCCUGAAGUAUUUAUGCAGAAUGGCUACAUGAGCACCUGUGAUUGGUGGUCUCUCGGGGUCAUCAUGUACGAGAUGCUUAUAGGUUACCCGCCAUUUUGUUCAGAGAACCCCCAGGAGACAUACAGGAAGGUGAUGAACUGGCGAGAAACACUCAUCUUCCCGCCAGAAGUGCCUAUCUCUGAGGAAGCCAGGGAUCUCAUUCAAAGGUUCUGUUGUGACGGAGAGCAUCGGAUCGGUGCCCACGGUAUAGAGGAGAUCAAAACUCACCCAUUCUUCAAGAUGGUAGACUGGGAACAUAUCAGGGAGCGUCCGGCAGCCAUUCCAAUAGAAGUGAAGGGGAUCGAUGAUACGUCCAAUUUUGAUGAUUUCCCUGAAAUAGACCUCAAAUGGCCAACAUCUCCGCAGCAGCAACAAGAAGCCACAAACAUGACUGCCGAGGGCAGUGAGAAGGACCCUAAAUACAAGGACUGGGUGUUCAUCAACUACACAUUCAAGAGGUUUGAGGGGCUCACACAGCGAGGAGCUCGACCGCCUCUCUCCAAAAGUUAGAAUAUGGUCCCCAGAAGCGGACAUGUUGUGCAGGGAGUGAAGAUGGAGACAGCUUGUGUGAUAUGUUGCAUCCUCCUGUAACCUGGCCUGCCUGUCUGUCUGCCUGCCGCCAGGAGUCUCUUAUGCUCUCUGUGUAUCCAGAGUAUACGGUGUUGUUUUGAGUAGUGCUGGAAGAAUGAUGUGAUUUUGCAAAAAGUUUCUGGUUUCUUUUAGGUGAUCCAGUAUGAAAGACAAUAGUGUCUGUGUGAUCAGUGUUGGUUCUUUGAGUUCGUGAAUGACAGACAGACUGAAAGAAACAUUGCAGUACCUAGGAGAAUAUAUUUCAGUUACGAAACCUGAACAGAAUUUGAGUGUCCAGUUUAUCCUGCUCUAAUCUUUCAGCUUCAUAGAACACCAGGAUUUUAGCUAAGGAGAGCAGACGACAGGUCAAGGUCAGGCAGGUCAAAAGUCAGAGUUCUCCUCAAAGUGAUUCCUUAAGAUGACUAUGGGGUUCCUGUGAGCCAGUCUCUGAGUGGUUUCUGUGUUUGGUUUGAUCUUUGGCUCUUGGGUUGUUUGUUUGAAUGAUACCAGUCAUCCUAAUUGCGAUAUAUUCAGGUAUUUGCAUGGUAACCAUUAGUGUCCACUGGCGUCGUAUUUAUAGCUAGCCGAUUGUGCAAAAACAACAUUUCCUUUUAUUUAUUUAUUACAGUUUCGUUUCCAUUUCGUCCCAAAUGAAUAUUUAAAAGCUAAAAAAGAGAGAAAAAAUACCAGGGAACUGUUUGUUCUGACAUUAUGCUGUGAAAUUUGUGAUUCCUCUGCUUCUAGAACACAAAGCUUAAAUGGAGUGAAUAUGUCCAUAUGAUGUUGAGUUAUUUAAUGUACGACAAAGAGAAAGCCAUGCUUGCUUCUCGUGUGUAACAACAUUCCAACUCUGUGUAUAUAAUCCAUGUGAUUCAGAACAUUGUGAGGAAAGUGUAGUUAGUAGGAGGGUUAUUAUGUCCGGGUUAGUCUUUCGUAGAUAUAGUGUUGACCUUUAACAAGCAGUUUGUUACAUGUGUGUUCUCACUCUGGGAUGACAGUGAGAUGUAGUGCCGGCGUUCUGGGCAAUGUGGAUGGUACAGGUGCGACAGUUUAGACCGAUCUUCAGUCUAGAAAAAAUGGUAGAUGGCCAGUUGGGAAAUAAAAUGAGUCAUUUUUAUGUCAUCAUCUACUUUUGAACAUUGCAAUACCCACCCUAGACUUGACAUUAUUCCAAACAGGUCGAGCCAGAAGAAAUGUUGUAGGUCCUGUUAAGUACAAGGGUUUAUUCAUGUUUCAGUUUCAUUACUAUCAGCCAGUCUACAUCAGGAGAUGGCUGGCCUUUACCCGAGUUUGAUCAUACACCCAAAUUUCUUAUAAAUACAACAGCUCAGCCCACCUGAAGGUUCGCGUGAAAGUGUAUCAGUGUGGCUGUAUCAGCCCAGUAAACACACAGUGGUAUCCAUUCUUGCCUCAGAUGCCAUGCAACUAGUGAUGGUUUUAAGUGUUGCUUACUCGAGAUGUUAUACAUUUAAUGCUGUUAAGUUAUUAGCCAGAAGUGCUGAAAGCAGUCCGGUGCCAAGUUUACGUCACUGUAGUCAUACAUAGUCAUGUCGAACAACACAGACAUCUUCCAGCUCAUACUGAUCAUAGGCAACAUUCAUCACACGAGAAUCGGUGCUGGGUUGUCCACUCCAUCGGGUGAUCAAUUGACAAAGGAUAUGAAAAGAUGAAACGGCUCCUGGUCAAGUGAUCUAAAUCAUUAUCCACAGUUUCUUGAAUCAUAAGGAAUACAAAAUCUACGUCCCCUUAUAACCAGUUCAGACAACAGGAAUUAAGAGGUGUACAGACGUCUUGAAAUGUCUUGUCAGAUAGCAUGUCCUGUGUGAUUCAUUUUGCAGCCAUCAGAACUGUGCGAGACCUCAUGGACUGUGGACGUCCCUCAAAUAAGUCUCUGUGUUGUGUCUUAAGUCAGCCAUACUGUAAACAAGGGAGACAACCCAUGCAGAUCAGUAAACUAGCAGUUGUGGGGGCUCUUUCAUCAGCUGAUUAUUGUAUCUUGUCAUAUCUUUGUGGUGCUAAGAAUACAUAAAUAAUGAGUAUUUUGA